CGAAAUGUUUUAUUUACAUUUUGGAAAACACAAAAACAAACUGAUUUCAAAUUGAGCGCUUCCAUACGUACCAACUGUAAGUGAAUAAUUUCAUUAAUAAUAAUUGUGUGUUAUUAUAAAUUAAACUUGAUUAAAUAAAUUAUAAUACAAGCUAAUAAACCCCCACAUUUUUAAUAAAUUUAAUCCAAAAAAAGGAUUUUUUAUUUUCGUUGGAACCCAACAAACCAAAAUUCCCCAAGUUUUGACACUUGAAUCUAACCUCUUACAUUACUAAUCAUUUAGUUUUUGAAAUCACAAAAAUGAUUCAAACAACGCCCUAUAAUAUUUUUAAGACUGUGUUUAUCUACUCUGCUCUUAUAAUAUUUGCCCCUAUAACAACGUUCUUUACGAUGAAAUUUUUUAUUCUUGAAGGCCUUAUUGGUACUGGAAAUUUAGCGAGUAAUGUGUGGGCGGCAAUAAUAGCCGUUGUUGUUUUACAUGUAGCUUUAGGUUUGUUUGUUUAUAAAGCGUACUUUGAAGGUGGAACAGCUAAACUUGAUGAAAAAGUCGAUUAAGAAUUAUUGUUAUUAUGUAAAAUAUUGUUUUUGUAAUGAGUUUGAGUAUUAUUAAAUUUUUAAUAAUU